AUGCCAUCAACCGGUCGAAUGGAAUUCGGCCCGCUACGCGACAGAUUCACGGCGAAUGCAGCAACAGUCGUUGACUACGUGUUAGUAACUUCAUCAAAAGCCGGUGAUUACGAUACGCUUCAGCAACGUCUUUCAGCUAUCACGGGAAGGGGCCCUAUUCCGCCAGACUGGUCACUAGGUUACAUUCAAUCAAAAUUACGCUAUGAAAAUCAGACCGAGGUGGUUUCGCUUGCCGAAGAGUUCCAGAGACGCCAAAUUCCUGUAUCAAUGAUUGUCAUUGACUUCCAAUCAUGGGCUCACCAAGGCGACUGGGCCCUCGAUCCACACCUUUGGCCUGAUGUGGCUGAAAUGUCGCAUAAGGUCAUCAAGCUGACCAAGGCCGAGAUGAUGGCAUCCCUUUGGCCUAGCGUGGCGGACAAUAAUGAUGGCACAAGGUUUCCUCUCUGCCACUCGAUCUGGCCCGGCACGACUGACUCUUGGAAUGGCUCCUACAUCCGAAACUACGAUUCGACCAACCCACGCGCCCGCUCUUACUUGUGGGAUACACUUAAGAAAGAUUAUUUUGACAAGGGCAUCCAAAACUUUUGGAUUGACCAGGCUGAUGGCGGAUCUCUGGGCGAGGCACACGAAAAUAAUGGUCAGAGUAGCUACAUCGAAUCCAUCCCAUUUGCGCUCCCGGAUGUGUUAUAUGCGGCUGGGACCCAAAGCAGCGUCGGCAAGUUAUACCAAUGGGCCCAUCAGCAAGCCAUCGAAGAGGAGCUUCGGAAUGCGACAUCCACAAAAAUGGGAAGUCCUUGUGAUUAUCUCUCGUUGAGUCGGUCGGGUUAUAUUGGCUCGCAGAGAUUCUGCAGUAUGAUCUGGUCCAAUGACACCACUGCGGUUUGGGAAACACUCAGUGCCCAGGUGGCUAGUGGUUUAUCGGCAGCUGCGACCGGAUGGGGCUGGUGGACCCUGGACGCUGGAGGAUUCCCAAGCAGAUCCAACAGUACCCUGGAGCGCGAACAUCGAUACCCCAGAAUAUCGCGAACUUUAUGUCCGAUGGCUACAGUGGACAACUUUCCUCCCUUUCAUGCGCACCCAUGGCUCGAGGGCGUGCAAUACCCAGGAUGCCUACACAUGUGCUAA